ACAAUCCAACCUUAACCUUAUUACAUACACACUCUCUCUCUAGUCUCUCCUACUACUAUAUAUAGUCAGGCACCUCUAGAAAUACUCAACCAAUCACAAGCCUUCAUUUCCAGCCAAGAGAUUGACUGAACUCGUGCUCUCCUCGCGCUCGCUAAUUUCUAGGGUUCUUCAUCCUACAUUUCAAUUAUUUUUCAGACUUUGUAAAACUAAACCAUGGGAAAGAGCUACCCAACUGUCAGCGAGGAUUACCAGAAGUCAAUCGAGAAGGCCAAGAGAAAGCUCAGGGGUUUAAUUGCGGAGAAGCAUUGUGCUCCUAUUAUGCUCCGUCUUGCAUGGCACUCUGCUGGUACCUUUGAUGUGCAGUCAAGGACUGGAGGACCUUUCGGUACAAUGAGGCACAAGGGAGAGUUGGCUCAUGGGGCUAACAACGGCCUUGAUAUUGCUGUUAGGUUGUUGGAGCCCAUCAAGGAACAGUUUCCCGAACUAUCUUAUGCUGACUUUUACCAGUUGGCUGGAGUUGUGGCUGUUGAAGUUACUGGAGGCCCUGAAGUUCCCUUCCACCCAGGAAGAGAGGACAAGCCAGAGCCACCCCAAGAAGGCCGUCUCCCUGAUGCCACUAAGGGUUGUGACCACUUGAGGGACGUCUUCAUUAAGCAAAUGGGUCUUACUGACCAGGACAUCGUAGCUCUCUCUGGAGGCCACACCUUGGGAAGGUGCCACAAGGACCGCUCUGGUUUUGAGGGCCCUUGGACCUCUAACCCUCUGGUUUUCGACAACUCCUAUUUUACGGAGCUCCUAACUGGUGAGAAGGAAGGUCUUUUGCAGCUGCCGUCUGACAAGGCUCUUCUUUCUGACCCCGUCUUCCGUCCACUGGUUGAGAAAUAUGCCGCUGAUGAGGAUGCAUUCUUUGCCGACUAUGCUGAGGCUCACCUGAAACUUUCUGAACUUGGGUUUGCCGAUGCUUAAGCAGCUGGACAGAACACCAUAAUGGGCGGGUCCAAGAGGCUAGCACUACUGCAUCUUUUGGUUUUUUGCACUUUAGAAUGAUAUGGGCUUCUUUUAGCAUAGUGCUUACAUUGCCUUAGCAAAAGCUUGGUUACUCUUUAUGUCUCUUAGGCUCUUUAAGUGUGAUGGAUUGGAAUGUGUAGUAGGACUUCCAGUGUGUUGAUUGGUCAUGAUGUUGAUCAUGUUGCUUCGGUAAUAAAAGAUGUUCUACAGCUGUGUUA